GAAACAGCUGAUCCGUUCAGUGACUCUUCUUGCAGGACGUUGCAUGGCGUGCUCCACCUUCCCAUUCUGCACCCGACCCCUCUUUGUGAGUAGAUCAGAAAUGCGCAAGUACACCGUGGACUUUAGCUGCACUUACGUUUUUCUCCGCACAGACACAGCAGGUCACCCUCUUCAGUCCGACUACACAGACACCUUCAGAGUUCUCCAACGAACUACUAAUCACUUAUUCUUAGACCAGAAUGUUCACCGAACAACGGUGUCCAUUGAUCGUCUGAAAGUUACAUUUUUGAACAUCCGUCUCUAAUUUCACCUGGCACAGGCGCACAAGUAAAUUCACUUAAACUCUGCGUUCCGCACCAGUCACCCUAGACCCCUCUAAUAUUCUUGACCCUCAGCCAACCCGGCCCCAACCCAAGGCAACAGAACGACCCGGUAGACAAGGUCAAACGUCCAAUUCGCUUUUCCGAUUUUGUUAACAUUUGCUACGUUCAUCGACGUGCAUAUUUUCCAUCUUUAUGGUAGUCAUGUGUGUUAAUCACGUACGUUUUGCAAAAUGACAAGUAAAC